GAGUUCCCUGUAAAUAAAGCUCUUGUAAGAAGAAAAAAUAAUGAAGUGGAACUACAGCGUAGCAGUCGAAAACAGGACCGGACAGUUUUCACCGACGCUCCCAAAUAUCCUCCAUGACAGGUUGAACAUUACACUAAAUUGAUGUUGGCCUCUCUGUCCAUGAUGAUGUCACAUGGUUUCAAGAGCAGUAAGCAGGACUUCACUUUUGGACCAUGGAAAGUGACCGCUGCCAAAAACCACAUCAUGAAAUCCAAAGACAUUGAACGGUUAGCAGAGGAUAUGAACAUGCCCUCUCUUCCAGAGAUGAUGUUUGGGGACAAUGUCCUGCGCAUCCAGCACACAGAUGGCUAUGGCAUUGAAUUCAACGCUAUUGAUGCCAUUAAGAGAGUCAACAACAUGGAGGACGCUGUUAAGGUGGCCUGUGCUCAAGAAUGGCAGGAGAGCAGAGCGGAUACUGAGCACUCCAAAGAGGUGCUGAGACCUUAUGACUGGACUUACACCACAGACUAUAGAGGCACCUUGAUAGGAGACAGUAUGCAGAUAAAGGUGACUGAGACAACAGAACGUAUUAAUAUGGAGAAAUUGAAGGCUCGGGAACACAUCAUGUUUUUUGACGAAGUACUGCUGUUUGAAGAUGAACUGCAUGACCAUGGAGUCUCCAUGAUCAGUGUCAAAAUUAGGGUUAUGCCCACCAGUUUCUUCUUGUUGCUUCGUUUCUUCCUGCGAGUGGAUGGAGUGCUGAUUAGAAUAAAUGACACGCGACUGUAUUAUGAGGCUGGAAAGGAUUACAUGCUACGAGAAUUCAGCACAAGGGAAAGCAAAGUAGCAGAACUGAAGAAUGUUCCAGCUGCACUGUUCACUGAUCCUAAUGACAUCGCCCAGCACCUGACACUGAAGCUGACUGAGUGUGAGAAGCUGGAACUUCCUAUAAUGCUGCCUCAGGCAGCUGUUAAUGAAGGCGUUCAGUGACCAGUACACUAUAAGGUCCACAUUUAUGUGUUGCAUGAUGAUAAACAGAAAUACUCGUCUUACACCCCAUCCUUAAUCUUACAGUAACAUAAAAGAAAAAAAAACAUUUGCUACACCUUCAUAUAUCUGUACAGGAAUAGUUUUUAUAUGUGACGACUGUGAUUAUGUGCUUAGAACUCUGCAGCCUGACUUUUGACAGAUUCAGUGUUUUCACAGUUCAGUUAGGAGCACUGUAAUAUAGUAGAAGGUUUAACCUUGGUUAUAUAAAUACUUUUAUGUAAUUCUGGCUUCGUUCAUAUUUGACCUGAUUUUGUUUUAUGAAACUUGACUGGUAUUUAUCUGGUAAAAAAAAAAAAAAAAAAAAAAGUUACACAAAGCAGCACUGCAUUUUCUAAAGACAGGAUCAAGCUUUCAUGUAAAUAUGUUAGGUGUAUCCCUGCGAUACGUUGGUGACCUGUCCAGGAUGAACCCUGGAUGGAUAUUAAGUGUAUUUUUUACGGUGACUUAUGGAAGGCAAAAAAGCCUUUUUGCAUUUGCAGUUCAAACACCUCUAGAAUCUAUGUAAAAGCCUACCAUAUGGCCAAAUAAAUCUAGUGUAAUUCUAACUAGUAUGCAACUUGUGUUUAUUGUGUUGGAUUCUUGUUUUCUUUUGAGGAAUGUUAAGGAUGUUUUUUUUACAGCUGUACUACCAUUAAAACACCAUUGUGCAAAAUACUACCAUCAGCAAUUAUUUAAAUGAAUCCAACGUUUAACCCAAAUCCACACAUCAAAUUUAAUCUUCAUGUUUUUUGGGUUUUUUUUGAUGAUCACCCUGUGAUUUGUUUGUUGCACAACAUCAGCAGUGAGCUCAGAGAAAAUAUGAUGGAUUGAAGUAAAAACAAGGACUUGUAAUCCGCUUAAUUUGUUUAGUCAGAGGGGGGAUUAUACAUAAAUGCACUGAUUUAAUCAUCCAGCAGGAUUCCCCUCAAUGUAUGUAUACCCACAAAGAAAGAAUAAAAAUUGCUACUCUUGCA